UGCGAUUGUAAGGAAACGUUGAACCUGUCCAAGAACGAGAUGUUUCAUUGAGAUAUAAAAGAGGACCGAAUAUAGAAAUACUGAGGACGUUUUUUUUUUUUUAGAUUUAUGAGUAAACAAGAGGCAUGUACAUGGAUAUAAAUUUCGUAAUAUAUACCCUUCGAAUAUUAGAGAUUCUCUAACGUUACAUCCAGCGUAAUAACUUGGCUAGUGUUUUCUCUUAUCAGGACACCGAAAUGGAAGUGUUAUCUUUAAAUACAGACUGGCGUGGUGGAAACGGAGGGCAAGCUAUAAGCAUGGACGGGUCAUUGCCUCCUCUUGGCAAUAUAAUAUCUGUACCAAAGGAGUCUACUAGGACAAACCAUGAUUCUCUGUCACUCAGUCUUCCGGCAGUGAACGUGUCUCAGAAGGUCUCUACGGGAAACAAUACGCAGCGUUCACCCAAAGGACCAGCACAAAGCAUCAACAAGGCUACGACUCAAGACACGCCAACACGCGUAAAAAUUAACUACCUUGCGCGUGACAAAGCCCUAUCAAUUUUACAACAAUACAAUUCUAUUGUGGCAGAUGACACGUCUCUCGCAGUGAGGAAUCUACCACCUGUUAAGGUUUCCAUUCGUGCCAAAGGUACCAAGGCAGACAGACGUCAAUCGGAUAAGGCCGCCGCCAAUAAACCUACAGCCCCGGUUUUCACGGAGGGAAUCAGCUCAAUAAGUACUCGGCAGGGCCCGUCAUUUCUGGUUUCCAAGGAGAGUGUUUUACGUGCAAAUCUCCCCGAUGACGUUUCACUUGCUCAGCAUAACAAUCAAUUCGCAUUCAACAUCAAGCAGAAGCGGCGAAAGCCAGUAGCUAAGGAUGGAGUGGGUACACCCCAAUAUAAACAGAUAAAGAUGCUGGGAUUUGACCAUCUUCCUCCUAUUGACCUUGGGGAAUACAUGAGGAAACAACUACUUCAGAAAAAAGGUGUUAAGAAAGGUGAAGGCCAACAUAGUGAUAUGUCUGGUAGGUCUAGUUACGGUCAUCCGCCAAUACGUAGACUUGACAGACCAAGUGUCGGGUCAUCGGUCAGUGCAACUCCGGACACAUAUCGAAGUGGACAAAAGGCCCUAAAAACUUCAUUGAAAGCUAAAGUUGACACGAGACUAAAGCGUAAAACCCCAACCAAAGUGAGUCCGACGUACAAUGGGAGUAACUACCGUGGUGAUCGACUAAACAUUGUGUCUAUAGGACAAAAACAGUCCGGUCUCCAAGAUAUUUCCUCUCCAAGACGGUUCGUUCCAGGGACAUACCCUCAAUACGAUUGGCGGGCGCGUGUUCACGAGGAGUACAGAAGGCUUAAAUUUGUACCUGUGGACUCAUCCCUUAACGGGGUAUGCUCUUUAGCCCCAAUCAAGGUAGGACUUCAUCAUCAGGACCUCCCUCCUUUAAACUUUACUGACGAUGUUCCGAAACGCUUUUCUUCAUACGAUGGGGUAAGGCGUAUAUUCCGUGAUGAUGUGAUCGGUGAAAGACUCAACCCAUUGAAUUAUAGACGUAAUUUGUACAACAGAGCCAUGGGUCGGACAACCUCCGCUAAUAGCACGAGUACUAGUACUAGUAAUUCAAAUAAUGUGAUCAACCCACCCCCUUCAUUUGUGUCUAGUAGCGACGAGGAAGCAUUGCCCAAACCUGCCGAACCCAUUCGGGAAAUGCAACCUUUGAAGGAAGAAAGCCCAUCAGUGGUUGGUGAACAGGUUGCAGGACCGACACCGACAUCGAAAGCUAUAGAUUCGUUGAAAAAGAAAAAAGAAAAUAGCCCAGUAUUGACUCCACGGGAAAUAGUAGAGAAAAACCGCGUGGUUAAGCCUAAAAAACAACCCUCUGUUGGAAAUGUUGUUACACUAGGAACGGACCUAGCACCUAACGGUUCUGAAAGUAAAGGAUUGGGAGUUCCAACGGGAGGAACUGGUUCUCUUUCCCCUUCAGGAGGUAAUGGAUUUCUGUCACUUCCGAUCGUACAUUUGAUGAAUGAGGGACGACCUCCGAUGAAUGGCGGCUGUGAGGGAAAGGCAAAACAAAGCCGUGAAGAGGAAGAUUCUAUGUACAGUGAUCCCUCCGGUGAUUCUGGUUCACAGAAGGUGACUGUACACACUGUUCAGCUCAUGCCGGACCAAAUUCCUGCCAGACCAAAUGUGACGUCAGUCACUCCUGUCAUCAGUGUUACUAGCGAUUCAGGGGUGAACGAACCCGUUGUGUUCAGAGAUUCUGACUCUGACGAUUCUUUUGGCGCAUAUAGCCGCAAAAUGGCGCUCGCCAGUAAAAAUGUGCAGUUUGUAUCUCCUCUAGACCCUGGUCAAGGAGUUGCUAAAAGACAAUAACGAUUUGUGUGUUAACAUGAGGCAAGUAAUAAAAUAAGUGUUUAUUAUUGCGUGGAGUGAGAUGGACCAAAAGGAUUUAAUCCUAUAAUGGGUAAGGUAAAAGGGCGAAUCGUUAAUAUGCCAUGUAUUUAUUUCGUUUUUUUUUCGAUAUGUUAGACCGUAUGACUGGUAUAAUCUCAAUAUACAUAGUCAUAGAAAACAAAUCAGCAAUAAAUCCAGAAAUCUUCAGCUGGUUAUUUUGAUUAUUGAUUAAGGUAUUAUUUAGUUUUCUUUUAAUUAUAUCAAGCACAUAAAAAUAAUGAAAUUGCAUUGUUGCGAUGAAAGGUUAAUCAAGCGUUAUACAUCUGAAUGUGUUUGUUUAAAAUUUAGCUCUCAAAUACUUAUACUCAAAUAAUAAUAUAACCUAAGUAUUCGUAGUACUUUUAUCGCUUAAUCGACGUGCUAUCCAUUGCAUGUCACAAUUGUAAUAUAACCUGGAGCGUUUGUCAUUUGCUGUGCCGUAUAUCAACUCCGACGCCAAAAUAUGGACAAUGACGUGACGCCAUCAGUUAUGAAUGACACAAAAACGGCUGUCUAUGUUUAAUGAAGACUUCCAAGUUCUGACUGUUAAACCUGUCAAAAUAAACUUUUUAUGAAUGAUUUGAUCAAGAUUAUCUUAAACAUCUUUUUAUUUCAUAUUAGGAUUUGUGAAAUUUAUUUCGAAGUAAGUUUUUAAAAAACAAUUUUUGCGAGCAAAGCCACCCCACAAAAAAAAAAAAAAAAAAAAUGCUUCAUGCUUGAUAAAACCUAAUGAGAUGAAAACUACUAUAAAGAUCCUAUAUAGAAAAACCUCUUAUCAUUAAGGUAAUACCUGCUAAUUAAGUUUUCAAUUGUAACAUACAUGUGGUAUAGUGUAAAUAUCAAGUAUUUUGGAUUUACAUAUGCCAAAGUAUCCAAAUGCUCUGAAAAGGGGGCAUUAAUAUGCACAUUAGCAUGUUUGAAUUCCUUUUGGUUAUGUAACAAUCGAUGAAAAAAAAAACGAAUCGUCUAAUAAAGCUAAUAUAUUUAAUUAAAGGCAAUGUCAUACAUAUGUAAUAUAAACACUUCUGUCAUUUGUAAAUAAGAAAAUAUGAACGACAGUGUAUAAUAUAAAAUGUAUGAUAUAGUUUGGCCGAAUUAAGAAGCAAGAUUGUUAAUCGUUUGGUAUUUCUAAAUAUGCUUUUUCACAGAAACUAGUUCAAAGAUUAAAACAAGUGUUAGAACAUAUACCACCAUUCAAACUAAAUCGUCAAUCCAACUGAUAUAAGUAUGGAAAUUGUUUUUUUUUCUGGUUGAUAAUCGCAAUAAUAAAAUAGGCGCAUACAGUCUAAAUAUUCGCUCUAACAGUUAUAUGAAUAAAGAUAAAAUAAUGUUUAGAUUGGGAAAAUUAAGUAUAAAGUGUCUUCCAGAAAUACAUAUAAUAAUUGGGAAUUACUGGUAUUCAUGGAAAUGCAAAAUGAUUGGACAUUUAUAUUACAAAAGGAAAACAAAUCAUGAAAAUUACAGCCUUUUUUAAUUUAUCUCGUCAAUUUCGAGUAUAUUUAUAUAUUUCCUGCGUAAUAUUAAAACGAUUGUUCACUUGUUACAAAAACAAUCUCACUAGUUAUGCAUAUGUCAAAAGUUUAUGAAAACCAGUGUCGCCCCCAAUGACCAUUUUUGUGAAGAAAGGAGUUUAUUUAUGCGUUUAGAUAGCAAGUUUCUAUAACAACUGUAGAUAUCGAAAUUUCUCCUUUUGCCUUGUCUUGAAAGUAUGAUUUUGUACACAGGUGUACAAAUCUUACAACGAACGAAGGUGAUCUCAACCAUGUUGUACGUUUUUAGAUUUAAUGUCAAUCUUCAUCCUAAUCAACUGUGUCCAGAUGUGUUCAUUCCACAUUUUCGUUAUCUACAGUACAUACUUAUGUUACAUAUUUGGACCUUGGUAUAAGUCUGUAAUCGCUAAGCGUGUGUAUUGGCAAUAUAGGUUUUGACCUAAAUAGCGCAUAUAUCCGGAAUCAUAUUUCAGUAUUUAAUACAUAUCUUUACAUCUGUCCACCACAAAUCGCAUUAUGAUUACCACCCAUUCACAGUUGAGGUUAGUUUACCAACCUUAGAAUAUGUGCCACAAUGCACUUUAAAAAGAGCAGCCACCGUUCUGUGACAGUAGAUAUACAAGUUAUAUGUAUAAGUUAACAGGUAAUUUGGCUAAUCAAGAGAGUACGUAAUAGGUAGACACUGACUGAGUCAUCCAUACAGGAUAUAUCUAUAUGUACCCAUAAUACUGUACACCGAACGGACAUUUUAAAGGUUUAAAUACCAGUCUGGGUCUUGACCUUUAACAGAAUGAACACCAGUUUAUCAUAAAAACAACUACAUGGAUACUUUAUUAUUGGUAUUCAUUCACAAAUAAUAAUCAUUUGUCACAUCAACGAAUGUUACAAUUAUCAACUCUAGUCAUAACACGGAAAAUUCCUAAAUAUUCGAAAGAUAUCAUUAAAAUGUUAAUGCAUACAUUACACUUUGUAAAUAUUUUCAUUCUAAUAAAUUUCUUUUGUAUAACCAAUCUCUUAUUGUUUUGAAUUGGAUUCGUUAGGAGUUUAAAGGGAGAUGUUCUUUGAGAAACAUGCACCCCCGUCACGUGUUUAUAUCAUAUGUAUAUAUGUUUAGGGUUUUCUCUUGCUUGACAUAGUCGUAAAGAUAAAGAACUUAGUAAAGUAAGGAUUUGCUCGUGUUCUUCUUCAAAUUACCAUAUACAUUGUAUUAAGGGUGUCCUCUAUGCUUAUAUAUUGUUUCAUCAGUCAUAUUGGCAUGUUCCAUAACAUAAAAUGUCUCGCAUGUUUUUAACUAUGAACAUAAGCAAGAAUAGUAUUCAUUAUAUAUGGUUCAUUAAGUAAUUUGUACUGAUCAUGGAAUCACAUGUUACCUAAUUAAUGCUUAUCAUAACUAACAUCAUUUAUUUUUCAGCAACAUUAUUGCUGAUUGCCACUUAUCAUAUAAACACAAAAUUAUCAACGUCAUAACAUUUAUUUCAUAAUUUCAUAAAUUUAGCAGAUCUUUAAUACGAUGCAAGUUUCUGUUGUUUCAAACGUAACGUCACUAGAUUAUGGUGUGAAAUGUAUUUGAAGUCACUAAUCUAUGGUGUCAAUUGCAUUUGGAUGCCCCUAAUGAAGGAAACAAGCAAUCUAGAUACCACCGUUUUUGACUUCUAAUGAGUCUGUGAAUGUGCUGUUUUCCCCCAUUGAUUAUUAAAAGAAUAUUUCUUAUGUUAUAAACUUAAUAUUUUAUUAGUUCCUGUUUCAUGAGAUUUAUGAAACUCGUGUUAUUGUUUGAACUUAGCUGGCCGGAAUGUUGGCAAAAAUGAAGCAUUUUGAAUCCCCUUCAUUUUUUUCAUAUGAAAUGGAAAGUCAUGAAAUAUUCCAUACAAUGUACAUUAUGAUCAUGUUGAUAUAUCUCUUGUUUAACUUAUUAUUUGAAUUAAAAAAAAAUAAAUUAAAACGUUA